AGAAUCAAUAAAGUUUUUGUUGCACUUUGUUGUUUUGUAAAAUACAUUUUCCAAAAUUACAUCAUUUUGGAACGAAAGGCACCAUGGCCGACGGUCGCUCCCUGGAGUUGGAAAGCGAGCGAUACGCAACUUUUGGACAGUGGCCAUCAAAUGCACCCGUUUGUGUUGAUGAUCUAGUAAAGAAUGGCUUCUUUGCUACAGGCAAUUGGCUGGAGGUGGAGUGCAACUGGUGUCACGUACGCUUAGACAUGUGGCAAUAUGGGGAUUCAGUUUCAGAGCGACACCGUCGUUGUUCACCCGUUUGCUCCAUGGUUCUGGCACCACAUCAUUGUGGCAACGUGCCUCUCAUCCAGGUGCUGCCUAGUGACAAUGAGGGCAACAACGUUGUUGAUUCGCCUCAGCAAUCUCAGGACGAUCAAUGCGAGUGUCCAGAUCUAUUACAGGAAGCAAAUCGGUUGAAGACAUUCAAGAAUUGGCCCAAUCCUAACAUCACACCGCAAGCACUGGCCAAGGCGGGCUUCUACUAUCUCAACCGAGCGGAUCAGGUGAAGUGCGCUUGGUGCAAUGGCGUUGUAGCCCAGUGGGAAAAAAAUGACAACGCAUUUGAUGAGCAUCAGCGCUUCUUUCCCAACUGUCCGCGUGUACAAAUGGGGCCACUCAUCGAAUUUGCCAGUAAAGAUUUAAAUGAACUGGGCGUACAGCCAACGUCAGCGCCCAAACAACCAAAAUACGCCUGUCUCGAGACGCGACUCCGCACCUUCGUCGAUUGGCCCAUCAAAGACAUACAACCCGCAGAGGCGUUGGCUCAGGCUGGGCUGUACUACCAAAGAAUUGACGAUCAGGUGCGGUGUUUCCACUGCAAUAUUGGGCUCCGCUCGUGGCAAAAGGAUGACGAGCCUUGGCACGAACAUGCAAAAUGGUCACCGCAGUGUCAGUUUGUGUUACUUUCAAAGGGAAUUGCCUACGUACUGAAGGUGCGCGAAUCCACCACUAAUGCAGCCAUGGAGGGUGCGGGCGCGGGUUCUACGACCCGACACGGCAACAUCGAUGAGCUCAUGUCAAGGGAGCCUGCACGAGAAGCUUUGGCAUUGGGCAUUGCCGGCAAAGUAGUGCGUAAUACAAUAGAACGAAAGCUAUCCAGCUGUGGGCGAGCAUAUGAAACGCUAGACGAGCUACUUCAUGCCAUAUUUGAUGAAGCAGGUGCUGGUGCAGCUUUGGAGGUGACAGAGCCAGCGACAGCAGAUGCACAAGCAAUAUUAUCCGAACCAACAGCACCAUCGCCACCGCCGCCACCGGAGUGUUGUUCCUCAACAAACAAUAAAACGGACACUGAGCCGACAGCUCCCUUAGAAACGCCAUGCCUACCCGCUGCACCCAGUCCAAUGCCUGAUAUCGCCCAAGCUACUAUCACAUCACGCGCUAGAUCUCCUAAUGGCAACAUUUCACUAGAAGAGGAGAAUCGGCAGCUAAGGGAUGCGCGCCUGUGUAAGGUCUGCCUGGACGAUGAAGUGGGCGUCGUUUUUCUGCCCUGCGGUCAUUUGGCUACCUGUAAUCAGUGUGCACCAAGCGUGACCAACUGUCCUAUGUGCCGAGCACCCAUCAAGGGUUUUGUGCGCACAUUCCUCUCUUAAAUCGAAUCGAACUAUAGAUAAUUUAGUUGUUUGUCUACUCUGGAUUUUAAAAAGCAGCUUCAGUUCUGUUAUUGCUGUUCAUUCUCACCGUGAGGUGUAAUAGUAUUAUUGUGUUUUUUAUAGUAGGUAUAUAUUGUUUGCUAAUUUUGUUACAACUGUACUCAAAUCUCAAUUUGAAAAAUAAAAUCGAAUAUAUGUGAAUGUUAAAA